CUCUUUCACGAGGUAGAACAAAGGGAGUCUGGACCUAAAAUUCUUUCCACUUGCUUGUUUUGUUUUUAACAGAUGUGAUUGUUAGACAGAAUUUAAAUCUGAGCGGUGUGUAAAUGACUAUGUGUGACAAAGCGAUGGCAUCUGGAAUUUUGAGUUCUUCAACUGAGACUGUUCCCUAUGGUGAAAAGAGUGCUUUCUCACAAACAGAACACAAUGUUGUCGCUGUAUACCUCAUCACAGCAGGAGUGAUCAGUCUGUCUAGUAAUAUUGUGGUGCUGCUGAUGUUUGUGAAGUUCAGGGAGUUGCGUAAUGCCACAAAUGCUAUCAUUAUUAAUCUGGCCUUCACUGACGUUGGUGUGGCCGGUAUAGGUUACCCAAUGUCAGCAGCCUCAGACCUGCACGGGAGCUGGAAAUUCGGCUACACAGGCUGCCAGAUCUAUGCUGCUCUAAAUAUAUUCUUUGGAAUGGCGAGUAUUGGCUUGCUCACCGUGGUUGCCAUUGACAGAUAUCUUACCAUAUGUAGACCUGACAUAGUGCAGAAGCUGACAACAUUGUCAUACACACUUUUAAUUGUGACUGCUUGGCUGAAUGCAGUGUUUUGGUCAUCCAUGCCAAUCGUUGGUUGGGCAGGAUAUGCCCCUGACCCCACAGGCGCCACCUGCACCAUUAACUGGAGGAACAAUGACACAUCUUUCGUGUCCUACACAAUGGCUGUGAUCACGGUCAACUUCAUCAUUCCCCUGUUGGUCAUGUUCUACUGUUACUACAAUGUCUCAGUAACUGUGAAGAGGUACAAAUCCAAUAACUGCCUAGAGAGCAUCAACAUGGAUUGGUCUGACCAGAUGGAUGUGACUAAGAUGUCCAUUAUAAUGAUAGUGAUGUUCCUGGUUGCCUGGUCUCCAUAUUCCAUUGUGUGUUUGUGGGCAUCAUUCGGUGACCCCAAAAUGAUCCCAGCUCCAAUGGCCAUAAUUGCCCCACUCUUCGCCAAGUCCUCCACUUUUUACAAUCCUUGCAUCUAUGUCAUUGCCAACAAGAAAUUCAGAAGAGCAAUCAUUGGAAUGUUACGAUGUCAGACACGACAACGCGUUACUAUUAGCAGCCAGGUUCCAAUGACAGGCUCUUCUUUACCUCUCAACCCCUAAAUGUGGAAUGGAGCGGAUAUUCAUCAAGCAUGGCC